AUGAAUUUAGAAGCUGUGUACUCAAGGAAGAUGACUCCAGUUGGUGGAUUAGGCAUUAAAAGGUCUGCUUGGAUGAACCAAGCUCUUUUGGCUAAAACUGGAUGGAGACUUCUUCAACAUGAGCAAGGUGUUAAGUGGAGAGUAGGUUCUGGGGAUAAUGUUUUAUUUUGGACUGAUAGGUGGUUGAGUUGUGGUCCUUUGUAUCAAUAUGCUCUCAUUGAUCUCUCUGAGGAAAUGCUUCAGUUGAAGUUAAUUUUAAGUGUGCAUACUGGUUUUAAUGGCAGUGGGGCUGAUAGAGACAUAUGGCAGUUCACACCUAAUGGUUCUUUCUCGGUAAAAUCAACUUAUAGUUCUUGUUUGCUUGCUGAGGCUUCAGUUAAAUGGGACUGGCAGAAGAGAGGCCUCACUCAGGUUCCUACUUGUCCUAAAUGUGAUUAUCCUAUGGAAACUAUUGCUCACUUGUUUAAGGAUUGUCCUUUCUUGUUGGCUAUUUGGAAUUGUCUUCAAAUUGGAGAUAAUUCUAGCCCUAAUAUGAUGGAUUUUAAAGAGUGGCUGUUAAGGAAUCUUCAAUCUAAAAGAAAGAUAGCCCCUACCUAUGGAGUUUGUAAGAUUAACACAGAUGGAAGUCGUAAUAGUGAUUCUAGGUUUAUUGGUGCUGGUGGUCUCUUAAGAGAUAAUUAUGGUGCUUGGAUUAAGGGCUUCUCUGUGAACCUGGGUGUUGGUUCUGUGCUUGAAGUUGAGUUGUGGGGCAUUUUUUGGGGGCUUCACUUGGCUUGGGAGGCUGGCUUUCGUUUUGUGGAGGUGGAAAGUGACUCAAGUGUGGUUGUGGCUCUUCUGUCAAGCUCUACUAUUUCCACACACCCCUUGUUUAGCCUUGGAGCAGAAUGUGGCGCUGAUGUCUUGGCAUCUAAGAGUUUUGAGUUUGGCCCUGGGGUGCAGUAUUUUACUGAGGUGCCAGCUUUUCUUUUGACUUGUUUGGCUGAGGAUGCUGUUGGGGUGUCCAGGUCCCGUGUUGUUUGUGCUUAG